UACAUACCUAUUAAGAAGUCUAUCGGUUAUUAAGCGAAAAAAAGUAAACAUUGCCACUGUCAAUAUGUGCACAUAAGAACAUACCUACAAGCUUUAUCUUCAAUUCGUUCAAUGUAAAUAUGUAUGGAUGCAUAGUUGAGUUUGACGAAUUAAUUAAUCUUUAAGUAUUAGAAUUGUUACGGUAUUGCAGUGGGUAAUGAGUGCUUGAUAAAGUUUUUAUUCGAAACAUAAUAAGUUUUCGCGUAUACAAAAACUAAGGACAAAUAACUAGAGGCAAGCUAGCAAUAUAGAUAGAAUCUAGAAAUGUCUGUUAAGAACCACGCAAAAACGUUCAGCUCAUUCGCGCGCCAUUAUACAUAUGUAUGUAUGUACAUGAAAGCUUUUGUUUCUUUACUGCAUAUCACCCCAAUGAAAGAGGCGCAACUGGAAUCCACUUGAUCGCAAGCAUCACGCGAACCCACUUAAUGAAUUCGAUUGCAGAAUAUAUUAAAUCAUUGACAAUACAGCGCACGUAUGGCGCUUUAACAAACAUACAUGUCUCUGUCCAUACGUAUUUGCAUGUGUAUGUGUUUGCAUUUGACGGAAGGCAACACAGCCAGCAAAAGGUAGUAGGCGGCGGGUGGUUGUUAGCACAUACAUUUAGUGUGUAAUUCCACAUUCGAUCGCCAACAUUGAAAGUCUUUGGGUGACGCUGGUACUUGCCUUUCGCACACAAAUUUCACUGAAAGCACAACAAAACGCGUGAAAGUGAGGUAGUGGGAAGAACGCUGAAGAAACAGUAAAAUUUUGCCGAAAAGUAUAAUACCAAAAACAAAAACUCCAAAAAAACAACAAAUAAUAAAAGCUGAUCGCAGUGCAAGCAUUAUAUUGCCUUAUCAUAUCGACAUCUAAAGCAACAUUAGACAAUUAGUAAGCAAACAAAAAAGCAACAACAAGAGCAAUAAUAUAACAACACAACUAUGUCAAACGAAACAACAACUACAGCAACAACACAAAAAGCAGUCGAUGAGAUUGAUAAGAUACGUCUCAAUCUAGCCGAUGAUUGGAAAGUGCUGGGCACCGUCUAUCAAUUGUUGAAUAAUGAGAAAGCGUUUUGUGUGACCGAUGACGACCGCGACGCGGUAAAAAUUGUCGACUUUAAGCAGCCGGACGAAAUGAAGCAAUUGAUUGACCUCAGCAUCGAUGAGCACAAAACACAUAGCAUAGAAGAGAUAAAGGACUUGUGUCGGCUGGUAAUUAAAUAUUCAGUAAAAACCAAUCAUGGCCGGUUUCAUAAUCAGCUGUUCGGUCAAAUGGAUCCAUAUGGUUUGAUGGGGCAAUGGAUCACCGAUGCGCUCAACGCAAGCGCUUAUACGUAUGAAGUAGGCCCUGUCUUUACGCUGAUGGAAACGGAAAUCAUACGUACCGUUUGCCAAUUGGCUGGUUAUAUUGAAGGUGAUGGCAUCUUCUCACCUGGUGGCUCCAUAUCUAAUAUGUAUGGCCUUGUCUUAGCUCGCUAUAGUCGUCACCCUCAAGUGAAGACAGCUGGCAUGUUUGGCAUGCGUCCACUUGCUCUCUUUACAUCUGAAGAGUCACAUUACAGCUUUGUUAAAGCCGCGCAUUGGCUGGGUCUAGGUGCCGAUAAUUGUGUUGUUGUCAAAACAAAUGAACGCGGUCAAAUGUUAACAAACGAUUUGGAGGCUAAAAUUUUGAAAGCGCAAGAGUCGGGAUGUGAGCCGUUUUUUGUGAAUGCUACCGCUGGCACCACCGUGUUGGGAGCGUUCGAUGAUCUCAAUGCGAUAGCGGAUGUGUGUGAAAAAUAUGGCUUGUGGUUGCAUGUGGAUGCAUGUCUUGGCGGUUCUGCGCUGCUCUCUUAUCGAAAUCGUCAUUUGUUAGCCGGUCUCGAUCGCACUAAUUCUUUUGCCUGGAAUCCACAUAAAUCACUCGGCGCACCACUGCAAUGCUCACUCUUUUUGACACGCGAGCGUGAUCUACUCACACGUUGUAAUAGCAUACAGGUGAACUAUCUCUUUCAGCAGGAUAAAUUUUACGAUGUAUCCUAUGAUACAGGCAAUAAGAGUAUACAGUGCGGACGUAAAAUUGAUGCUUUUAAAUUUUGGUUAAUGCUGAAGGCGCGUGGUUACGGCUGUUUCGGACGUUUGCUUGAUCAUUCCAUAGAUAUUUCGAAAGUUCUGGUUGAGAAAAUCAGGCAACGUGGUAGCGAACGCUUUCGCUUGGUUUUGGAAGAUAACCAAUAUAUGAAUGUUUGUUUUUGGUACAUACCAAAGGCGCUGAGGGGACUAAAAGAAACGCCGGAGUGGCGAGAGCGUUUAUAUACGGUCGCACCCAAGAUUAAAGAGCGUAUGGCUUAUAGCGGUACCGUGAUGAUCGGUUAUGCGCCAUUACAAUAUCGUGGCUUGGGUAACUUUUUCCGCAUGGUAUUUACUUGUUUCCCAGUGCUAGAGGAAGCAGAACUAGAUUUUAUUUUGAAUGAAAUCGAGCGCUUGAGCGAAGAGUGUGAGUAUUAAUCGGUGAUAGUUUAGUUAUUUCAUUACAACUACAACUAAGACUAUUUCAUAAGUUUUAUUUUAGUGUCUAUUUCAUUUUUUUAAUUUUAUAUGAAGUUAAAUAAAUAAUAAAAUAUAUGAAAACUUUUAUGUAACUUUAUUGACUUUAUUGCGGUAAUGAGGAUAAUAGACAUGUGACAAGAAGAGUUUUUACAUGGAUUGUUCUGGGUAAUGUUUAUUUUAAUUCAGUGUAAGUUUUUUUAAGUAAAUUUUCCAGAAAUGUUUUGUAGCUGAAUUAAUUUCAAACUAGCUUACAUCAUAUAUUACGUAAGUAAUACCAAAUUUAUAAUACGUACUUUUCUUACGUUUCGUAACUCGUAAAUACUUCAAUCUAUGGUAAUCGGUCACAUGAAAUAAAUUGCACGGAACCCAGUGCCUGGAGUUAAAGAACAUUAAAAGUAUGAAGUAAAGUAAUGAGAAAAGCAUACGCUUAGGAAAAAAUAGAACAAAAAGUUAGUAAGUACAGAAAAUUAAAGUGCUGACACAAAUCCUUAAACAUAAUCAACAACACAGAGCAACGGAAGGCUAAUAUUGCAAUAUGCAACGUUCUCAAAAAUUCAAAGCCAAAGCCGAAGCGAAACGGACGAAAGUGCGAAAGAACUCCAUCACGGUAACCGAAAUGUAAACAAACUCAAUAAAGCAACAGCACGAUAAAUCGACGGUGCAAAGGCAGAAACUCAAAUGAACUUUUGCUGAACUUGAAUGCAAUGUAAACAAACUUUGCUAAAUACGAUAGAUGGCGAUAGCGACGGCGCAGGUGGAUAAGGGGGAGGUAACGACGCGGUAGCGAAAGAACAAGAUGCAAACGUUGCGCGCAGUAAAUCAACAUGCAAAAACCACAAAAAACAAAUACCAAGAAGUAGAACAAACUAAGAAGAGCGAAGAAUGAAGAAAAAUCAAAACAGCGAGGCACUUUCAAUGACAGAUGAAGUGAAACGGGAUAUGCAUUUGCAUAAAUUGAAUGUGCAUGCAGAAAUUAAUAGUUGGCGAAACGUCGCGAAAAAGAACGAAAACUAAGUGUACAAUGUGUACAUAUAUAAAAGUGCAAAAAGUGAAAAGGAAUAACGCGUUGUGGCUAUCAUAAACCACAAUUGGCAAAAAUAAUAAAAAAUAGUGAAAUUAAGCAAAUGUGCGCGGUAAUGAAUCGGAGCGAUUGGUACGCGUUGAGCCGUCAAACCGUCAACCCGUCCGUCGCACUCCAUGCUCGUGCAAAGUGGUCGUGCAUGCUUAAUAAGUGCGCUCAUUGGAGGCAUGUGUUGGAAGCAUGUUGAGCAGCAUAAAGCUUGUGGCACUUUCUACAGUUGGUGUGCAGAUUCUGUUAUCCCAGCUAUGGCGCUCGCGUCUUCACUCUGGCUCCACAUUCGCUAACACAGUAUGUAUGCCAACAACACACUCCAUCAGCAGCCAGUGAUCACGACCACAGAGUGAGUUGUAAAGUUUUGCAAAGCGCUGAAUUCAGUCUCGUUUUGACUCUUUCGUUUGUGUGACGUAGUCUCGUUGGCGAUCGGUUGAAGCGCGUGCUUUCUUGUCGGUAUACAAAUAUUUUUGUUUACAUAUUACGAGCUUUUAUUAACAUACGACGUUUUACUGGAGCGCAAAAAAAAAUUAAUUGAAAUAAUAAAUUAAAUGCGAACAUUUUAAAACUAUUUAGUUUUUAUAAAUUGUGUGCGAAUUUUUUUAAAUAAUUAGAAAUUAAUACUAAUACGAGUAUGUAAUUCUGGACUGCCUUUUUCAACUGCCAAACGGUUGUGUGUGAAUUUGUUUGAGUGAAGCUUGUUUAAACAUUAAAGAAUCGGUGUGGAAAAAACAACUCAUAAAACGAACGGAGUAAAUAAAUUGUAAGCUAAAAUUAUAUUUUUUUUGCUCUGAGCUAUGUGCGUUAAUUUUUCAUUCAUUCGAACAGUUUAAAAAGAAUAAAAGAAACCGGUCAAUCGGCGCGCCGAACAUUUGCUAAGUUUAUUAACGUUUCUACACAUUAUUAACUACUUCUACUUAUGAACUUAUAACCGAAUACGACAUCGCGUUUUUGGCAUGCGGAUAAUUAUUUAUUUUGUUAUUUGUUGUUGGCGUUGCCAAAGAGUGGCGUGUUUUCUUAAAUCCGGAUAUUAAAAAUUCGUGAACAUGAAAAAAAUUGUGCAAAAAAUGGAAUGUACCCAUAAUUAAAAUCGCAUAAAAAUUAUUUAUUAUUAAUAAAAAAAACUUUUUUCGCUGCAAAGACAUAAAAAAGUUUCGUGCGAAAAUUUGAAAUCUUGAGAACAUUUUCUUGUGAGCUUACUUGCUGUGAAUUAAAAGUGCAGCACUAAAUUUAAAGGUAAAGAAUUUCUCAUGAAAGAACGAACUAAUACGAAUUACUAAGUGUUAAAUAAAUUAAUUAGUUGUUAUAUCGAGAAUCUUCUUCUAUAUGCUCUAGAAGAUUAUAAAAUUGUUUGCAUAUAAAAUGUUUUCGAAGUGCUGCAAUUAUUAUUAAUCGUUAAAAUAUAAACUAACGAAGACAAGAAGCUUAAUAGAGGAUUUUUAAAAGCAUGCUAAUCCUGAAAUUCCAUAAAAUGUUAACACAUUUAUUAACAUUGCUGUUGCUGACAGUUCUACUCUGUCUGCAACAGUGCAUCAACGCUUACCGCCAUAAGGCGGCCAAUUACGAACUUUUGGACAAUGACUCCCGUUUUAUAUCAUAUCAAGAUUUAAUGUCGACUUCGAAACGUUUCAACGAUCCAAAUACGACUUAUUAUUCACAAAUGUUAUUUGAUGUGGCGCGAAAUCAAGUUAUCGUCGGUGCACGCGACUCAAUUUAUCGCAUGUCCUUCGAUUUGGAGCCACUGGAACGUGCCGUUUGGGCAGCGCCGCCCGAACAGAUUGGCAUUUGUCAGGUAAAAGGCCAGUCGGAGCGUUUGUGUCGCAACUAUGUGCGCGUACUCCAAAGCUACGGUGAGAAUCAAUUGUACGCGUGUGGGACGAACGCCUUUCAGCCGCAAUGUUCAUGGCGCCAGAUGGAGAAUCUUACGAUUGUAGCCUAUGAUAACGGUGUGGGAAAGUGUCCCUUUAAUCCGCAUUCAAGCAUCACGAGUCUAAUGUCCAGCACGGAUAAAAUGUUUGUGGGCACCGCGACCGAUUUCUCAGGUGGCGAUCCGGCGAUUUUGCGCACCGAAGUGCAGCCGAAGAAAAUCUUCGGUUACCGACACAUUGUGCGCACGCAACAGUACAACAACAAUUGGCUGAAUAAUCCACAUUUUGUGGGCAGCUUUGAGGCGGGCAAUUUCGUUUAUUUUCUCUUCCGCGAACCGGCUGUGGAGUACAGUAGCUGGGGCAAGAUUAUCUACUCGCGCAUUGCCAGAGUUUGCAAAAAUGAUGCCGGUGGCGACCAAAUUUUGAAGAAUAGUUGGACCUCCUUUGUUAAAGCGCGUUUGAAUUGCUCGUUACCCGGUGAAUAUCCAUUUUAUUUUGAUGAGAUACAGGGCAUGACUUACUCAGCUGAUGAGGAUGUGCUCUAUGCGACCUUUACGACACCAGCCAAUAGCAUACACGGUUCAGCGGUCUGUUCCUACAAUCUCACGUCUAUUAAUGCCGCAUUCGACGGUCCAUUCCGCUAUCAGGAUUCUGCCGAUUCCGAUUGGCGCAUAGUAGACAUGCCACACCGUAGCCAGUUUCAAUGCGAAACGCCAUCUCCGGACAUGCGUUACAAACGUCUGCUUGAGUCUUCGAAGUUCCAACUGAUGGCUCACGCCGUGCAGCCGAUGACCGAACAACCGUUGUAUUAUUCCAAAUUGGAACGCUUCCAGCACAUUUCUUUGGACACUCUGCAAACGAAAACCGAAAAAGUGCACGUGCUGUUCGUUUCGACCGAUGACAAGCGUAUCAAGAAACUUUCCGUGAAGCAUCAGCUCGAGGAGCGACGCGCGCAAACAUGUCUGAUUGAAGUCUGGCAGUCAGCGGAAUAUAAUGGUGCUGAUGGUGAUAUUUUGAAAAUGGAAUACUUGAAAGUGACCGAAUCGCUUUAUCUCGGAACCGAACAGGCGCUAAUACGCAUACCGGCACAACGUUGCAGUCGCCAUGUGUCGCAGAGCAGCUGCUUAAAUGCUAUGGAUCCUUAUUGUGGUUGGAAUGAGUUGAUUGAGCGUUGCACGCCACAGGAGCUGGUACAACAAUUGAACAAAUUCUGGCUGCAACCGGACACUUUGCAGUGUCCCAUUUUAAAUGCGCCUAUCGAUGGCGCUUGGUCCACCUGGUCUGAAUGGUACAAUUGCAAGAAGCACGGCGAUGACGAUGGUAAUUGUAUGUGCCGCACGCGCGAAUGUAACAAUCCACAACCGCAAAAUGGUGGACGCAGCUGUGAUGGUAUCACGACAGAGGUAACAAACUGCACGGUACAUGGUGAUUGGACCAAUUGGUCGGAAUGGUCUGCAUGCUCACAAACAUGUGGUAUAGCGGUGAAGACGCGUCGACGCACGUGCGGCAAUCCAAAGCCAGCGCAUGGUGGACGCACCUGUGUCGGUGAUGAUCAUCAAGAAAUGUAUUGUCGGCAUUUGCCACCUUGCCCCACGCCCAAGCUGCAAGCCAUCGACGGCGGUUGGGGUCCAUGGGGUGUGUGGAGCGAAUGUAGCACACAAUGCGGUGGCGGCUUUCGCAUACGACGCCGUGAAUGCAACGAUCCGGUGCCACAGAACGAUGGUCAGGAGUGUCCUGGCUGCGCUAUCGACUACGAAGUCUGCAAUGUACAUGCCUGUCCCGAAGUAAAGAAAUUGAGUUCGUGGACACCUUGGUUGGUGGAGUACAAUGAUAGCCGCAAGAGUACCGAAACAAGCGGCACAUAUGUUGAGCGUCGCUUCAGAUACGUCUGUCGUGGCAGCACCACAGAUGUGAAUAGCUUGCGCAUAGCACUGGCUAAAGAAGAGACACGCACUUGUCAUGCGGAUGGUAGCUGCCAGCGUCAUCAUGAAGUAUAUGGCGCAUCGGUGGCAUUAGCGGGUUCGCCUGCAGUAUCUGAGGAACGCGAAGAACAUGGUGAAUGGGGUCCUUGCAGCGUUACCUGUGGCGGCGGUUUGCAAUAUCGUUUGCACGACGUUUCUGGCAGUGGCAAGCAUCGUGGACGUCAUGCCACACAGGCACGCGUCUGUAAUAUACAAGCUUGUGAAGAGGCGGCGGUGGUACCGGCGACAAACCUCAAUGAAGUGGUGCAGAUGCAUGAAUGGAGCUGUUGGACGGAUUGGUCGCCUUGUUCGGUUACAUGCGGCAUGGGUUUAAGGCGACGUACGCGUCGCUGCUUAGGCGGUCACGAUAAACUGUGCAGUGGCAAAGCGAUUGAGGAGGAAAAGUGCGCGAUGGCGCCUUGUACUGACUUUAUUGGCUGGAGCACGUGGAGCCCCUGGUCGGAAUGCUCAAGUGAGGGCAUACGCAUAAGACAUCGCAAGUGUAUGGUGGAUAUACCAUCAGCGUCCGAGUGUCGUGGUGCAGAAUUCGAAAAGACCGCUUGCGUGCCGAAUGAAUAUGAAGCCUUGCGCCUUUCCUCCAGCACCUCCUGGCCCUGGAUCAUACUACUCUGUUCCAUAAUCUACGUAAUCACCAUAAUCGGCACAUUCUAUUUGACCAAGCGUUUCAUAAAACCUGUCGAUUUGGCGUUGAAUAAGAAUAACACGCCGGUUGCGCCCAACUAUGAUUCUUAUGCCAAUCAGUAUUCCAGCUUACCCACAAAAGAUUCUUUAAAUUUACAGAUCUACGAGGUGCGCCCGAAAGUGAAGCGGCAGUCCAGCUUCAAUAUGUGCUCACCAUCACCGUCGAAAAGCUGCAACACUGGCACGCUGACGCGCAACAAUAUGGCGCACAAUCACACGCCCAAAGUAUUGGCGAAGACCUAUAAUGACUGCGAGACGGGCACCCUGAAGAGGAAUUCACAUCAGCUGAAUAAUUACCGCUCGAAUAUCGACGAUGAGAAGUUCUAGUGUUGGUAAGCUGAAUUCGUGCGCCAAAACGGGUGGCGCGCCUGAAAAAGCAGCAGCUGCAAAUACACACGCCCGCUGGUGCCUAGUGGGCGCUGAGAGCUUUGGAGCCUGGCAAGCUUGUGUGCCUUUCAUAAAUUAAGUAAACUCGUACCUUUGGUCGCGCAAAUGUGCUCUAUGCUGCCUGUCAGCUAAUUAAGACGCGUCUUAAGCUAAACACAUGCGCACAUACAUAUGUAUGUGGCUUAAUUAUCUAACUACUUCUAUUUCUUCUGAAUAUGAGACUCAUUGUGGAACAUUGCAUAGUAUCAUUUUGCGUGCCAUCAGAGCGCUAAGUCUGCCACAAAACAGAAAAGUGUAGUAAUUUAAAGCAAAACAAAAAAAAAAA